UCAGUCUUUUCUAUUGGUCGAAUUCCUUCGAAUAUCUUCUGCAUCCGUUGCAUCAGCCAAUGGAAACGUUCUAGAAAAGCGUCAUACGUGACUAUAAAUUAGCCUAGCGACGUGUUCUUCGUUAUUCUGUUAGACAAGUUGGAAGCGAAGUAUCGUCGAAAGUUUAUUCACUCAUCAUGCAGAUCUUCGUUAAGACAUUAACUGGGAAAACAAUUACUCUUGAGGUGGAGCCUAGUGAUACAAUUGAAAAUGUGAAAACUAAGAUCCAGGAUAAGGAAGGUAUUCCGCCCGAUCAGCAGCGUCUCAUCUUUGCAGGCAAGCAGCUCGAGGAUGGUCGUACCCUGUCUGACUACAACAUUCAGAAGGAGUCUACUCUCCAUCUCGUUCUCAGGCUCCGUGGUGGGAUGCAGAUUUUUGUGAAGACCCUGACGGGAAAGACCAUCACGCUGGAGGUAGAGCCCAGUGACACCAUAGAGAACGUGAAAGCCAAAAUUCAGGAUAAAGAAGGAAUCCCUCCGGACCAACAGCGUUUGAUUUUUGCCGGGAAACAGUUGGAAGACGGCCGCACCCUGUCGGACUAUAAUAUCCAGAAGGAGUCUACUCUCCAUCUCGUUCUCAGGCUCCGUGGUGGGAUGCAGAUUUUUGUGAAGACCCUGACGGGAAAGACCAUCACGCUGGAGGUAGAGCCCAGUGACACGAUAGAGAAUGUGAAAGCCAAAAUCCAAGAUAAGGAAGGUAUUCCACCUGAUCAGCAGCGUCUCAUCUUUGCGGGCAAGCAGCUUGAGGAUGGCCGCACCCUGUCAGACUACAAUAUCCAGAAGGAGUCGACCCUCCAUCUCGUUCUCAGACUCCGUGGUGGAAUGCAGAUAUUUGUUAAAACCUUGACUGGCAAGACCAUUACCUUGGAAGUUGAGCCAAGUGAUACUAUAGAGAAUGUAAAAGCCAAGAUUCAGGAUAAAGAAGGAAUCCCACCAGAUCAACAGCGUCUGAUCUUUGCUGGCAAGCAGCUGGAAGAUGGCCGAACCCUGUCAGAUUAUAACAUUCAGAAAGAAUCGACACUUCAUUUGGUUCUUAGGUUGCGUGGUGGAAUGCAAAUAUUUGUCAAAACUCUGACUGGCAAAACUAUUACUUUAGAAGUUGAACCCAGUGAUACAAUUGAAAAUGUUAAGGCUAAAAUUCAGGACAAAGAAGGCAUUCCUCCCGACCAACAACGUUUAAUCUUUGCGGGAAAACAACUGGAAGACGGGCGCACCCUAUCGGAUUACAACAUCCAGAAAGAAUCCACGCUUCACCUCGUUCUCAGAUUGCGUGGUGGUAUGCAAAUAUUUGUCAAAACGCUCACCGGAAAGACUAUAACACUGGAAGUAGAGCCCAGCGACACAAUAGAAAAUGUAAAAGCUAAAAUUCAGGACAAAGAAGGCAUUCCGCCCGACCAACAGAGACUGAUCUUUGCAGGGAAGCAGUUGGAAGACGGUCGUACUCUUUCCGACUACAAUAUUCAGAAAGAGUCGACCCUGCAUUUAGUUCUCAGACUGAGAGGAGGAAAUUAAUUUCUUUUGCAUUUUCUUUUUUUUCUAAAUAUUCCCCCCCAAAAUAAAACUAUUAAAAUUCCUAAAAUGUUCUGAACUGUGCAAGUUUGUUCUUAA